AUCGUAUUGAUUUUUCGAUCAGUCGAGUAUCACGCAGUGUGAAUGAGACCUCGUUGCAUUUGCAAGAAUAAUGAAGGCACUACGCGUUCGACCGUCGACAUCCAACCACCAAUGAAGCCUCCAACACCGUCCAAGGAAACGAGAUGCGGCUGAUGCCGGGAAUGAUGAAACUGCCUACGAUCGUCAUCAACAGCAGCGGUAGCAGUAGCAGCAACAGCACCAGCAACAGCAGUUCGUCGGCGAACGUUGCCGACCUCUCCGCCGUUUUCGUUGUCCCCGAGCCCUGUGACAACCUCACCGACUUCGUCGGCCGCGACAACCUCGUCGGACAAUCAGCUGACUACCUGUCAUCCGAAAAUGUCACGUGUCUGAAGCACGCGCCUAAACUGACCAGAGAAGUGUACCGUCAGGUCAUCGUGUUGGCUGUCAUAUCUGUCCUAAGUCUGGUCUGCAAUGCCGCGACGAUAUACUCGAUCACGAAGAAUCGUCGGAGACAGCGGGGCUGCUCGGCCAUCUACACCCUCAUUCUUCAUCUGUCAGUGGCUGAUCUGUUCGUCACCGUCUUCUGCCUGGCUGGCGACGCAAUCUGGAGUUACAAUGUCGCGUGGUUGUGGGGCAACGUCGCGUGCAAAAUUUUCAAGUUCCUACAAAUGUUCAGCCUGUACUUGAGCACCUUCGUCCUCGUUCUGAUCGGUGUCGAUCGAUUCGUCGCGGUGCGAUAUCCGAUGAAGGGUCUCAAUACGUCUCAGAAGUGCUCGCGAUUUGUGCUACUCGCUUGGGCGUUGGCUUUUAUCCUGGCCACUCCGCAGGUCGCGAUAUUUCAUGUUGCACAAGGGCCAUUUAUCGAGGAAUUUCCACAAUGCGUGACCCAUGGCUUUUACACCGAGGCUUGGCAGGAACAGCUGUAUGCCACUUUCAGCCUGUUCUUCAUGUUCCUCCUGCCAUUGGCGAUUUUAAUUACCACAUAUGUAUCUACAGUGAUUACUAUCUCCCGAAGUCAGAAAAUGUUCAAAGCAGAGCCUGUGAAGGGGACGUAUAUCAGAAACAGCGAUUUAAAUAGGAAAAGAUUGAUGCACCGGGCGAAAACAAAGUCAUUACGUAUUAGUGUCGUCAUUGUAGCGGCAUUUUUAAUCUGGUGGACGCCGUACUACACGAUGAUGAUAAUCGUCCUGUUUCUCAAUCCCGACGAGCACCUCAGCGAGGAGUUACAGAGCGCAAUAUUUUUCUUCGGCAUGAGCAACAGCUUGGUAAAUCCUCUGAUAUAUGGUGCAUUUCAUCUUUGGCCGCAGAAACAACGGCAGGGCUCUUAUCAAAGAUCUGACUUUACGUUGCAUCAGCGAAGUACGAGAAAGUCCAUGCGAAACAAUCGACCGCUUCUUUCUCAUCAAAAUAAUAAUGGUUGUAAAAUGCAGCAACAUCAAAAGUAAUAUUUUAUCAGAUAGGAUUAGCAUCUUAUAUAAAAACAAUACUUUGGUGUAAAAUUAUGUCAAGAGAGAUGAUAACGUAUAUUGUAAAAUAUACGUAUAAAA